UAAAUAGACAAAUAGAUAAAUAAAUAAAUAAAUCGGUAAGGAUGAAGAAUGACGAGGAAAGGAAUAAACGAAGAAUUGACAGAAGCGCACGUGUUGUCAGCCGAACCCCUUCUUCAGUUCGACUCGGUGGCCGCUCGAGACCAGACCUAAGAAUCGAAGCGAAAGAAAGGCGAGAGACGAAAUAUGGGAAACUGUGUCAGGGGUGUUCAUGCGGGCAAGGUCAGGGAAGCUAACCAACAAUCAUACAGGACAGACAGUCAAGUAGACUCCAAGACUCCUCAGCCUGUUGAAACACCAGUCUCCUUAGACAUUCCAGCAUGUGACAAUGAAAUUUCUGACUCAUAUUUGUUUGAUAAUGAAGGGCCACACAACAAUUCCCAGGAAAGAGGAACUGACCACUCCAUGAUGCUUAGCAAGAGUCAAGAACAAUGCAUCACGAAAGAUAUUCCACUGAUGACCAGUGUAUCAAUAGAACAAGACAUAGUUUUCUUAAAUGACUUUGAUCAUGCCUUGGAAUAUAACUGUCAAACUUGCACUCUUCUACAAGAAAGGAUACAGAUGCUGUUAAAUCAAAAUAGAUCUAGGGAGGAAAAGACUCAUUUUAGUGAUCAUGUCACUGAUAUACAAGAUUCCCUGAUGUGUGGGACCUCCAUUUUACUGCCUCAACAUGAAGACUUGCAAUCCACCAGCACUGAUAACAGAUUUGAAAAGAGCACAUACUUCCAUCAGAGGUCUCAAGAUGAAAACUGUGAAGGCCAUGUAAGUAUUGAAGACAGAGAGUCAGAUUUAUAUAAAGUGCAAGAAGGUCCAGGUACAAACUGGCAAUUUGGGAACCAUUAUUUCAAUGAAACUCAUGAAGAUGAGGCAUCCAAAGAUGAUAAUGCAAAUACAAGGGACUUCUUCCCAGAUGCAAGUUUAUGGAAACUCCCAAUCAAUGAUUUCCUUAGCAUAGGUGGCAAAGGAAUCAGUGUUGAAGCAUUAGGUUGUGAAGUGACACUUGGCCCUCAAGUAGGGAUUUCCAUCUUUGGAAAUAGAAUACUUUAAAAUAUAUAAAUUGAAGCUAACAAACUUUAAGUGAUGAUAAUUCUGAUGGCAUGAUUAUGUAUUAUGUAAUUUAUUACAUUAAUAUCUUCUGUCUUAUGGAUGCUUUUGGACUGGAUUUGUUAUCUAGUUUAGGUUCAGCACUUGUAACACAAAUUAGAUUUAAAUGUGGGCUUUGGAAAAUCUGAUGAUAAAAUUCAAAAUACGUUUGUUAUUAUUCAAGCAGGAAGUUUCAUAUUUAAAAUAAGGAAUAAACCAUGUUUAAUAAAAAAAAAAAAAAAAAAAAAUUGGGUAAUUUGAAUUAAAAUUGUAAUAUAGGCCAAGAUUUUUUUAAAAGUCAGGGAAAUUGUUAGGUUGGUAUUGUGUAAACACUAAAGGAGUUUUGAGCACUUAAAAACCUUGUGCUGCAGAAAGGGGUAAAAAAAACAGGCACAAAAUUAUUUGUAUUUAUACACUGUACAGAAGCUUUGCAUAUAAAUGAAUUUAUAUUCAUUUGUUUAAAAAAUCCUGAAGACAGAAAGGGUGAAAACUGGAGUCGAAAGUGUGUUUAUGGCCAAGCCUUCUUCCUAACUGUUUUUUGCAAACUGUCUUCAGUAACCCAAAAAAGCAUUCAAGUUGGUCCAAAAAGCUUUGUUAAAGAUCUUAAUACCUGUUAAUCAGCCUACCACAUGUACAGAACUACUUUCUCCCUCUUGUCUAUGAUUUAGUAUGUCUGCUGCUUUGGAGAUUUAUCCUCACUAACUUAACAACCGAUCAUACUCCAACAUGACAGCUUUAGCUGCAGCUCAAUUCUUUCAUGUUUUGGGGAAGUUUGAAAUGUAUAUUUAACAGUCAACAUGAAAACCAGGGGGAUGUAAUCAGAGAUAUACACCUGUAAUAUACAAUAAAUUAUUCUUUCUC